ACUACUUCCGGGUUUAUGCCUAGCUAGCUGCAUGUGUUUUUAGCAUUAUGCCGCUCAUAGUAAUGUGCGGUUUUCCAUGUAGUGGCAAAACACGAAGAGCGGUGGAAUUACAGGAAUACUUUGAACAGAAUACAGAAAGAAAGGUUCACAUUGUAGGAGAUGGAAAGUUGGGAAUUGAGAAGAAUGUUGUAUACGCAGAUUCUCAGAAUGAGAAAAAUGUAAGAGGAUCUCUAAGAGCUGAAGCAGAGAGGAGAAUCAACAAAGAGGAUAUUGUAAUUCUGGAUUCAUUGAACUAUAUCAAAGGUUACAGAUAUGAACUUUUUUGUCUGAUCAAACACACACAGACGCCUCACUGUCUGGUUUACUGUUUGACGUCAGCCGAAGUGAGCUCAACAUGGAACACAGAAAGGGAUGUUGAAGAGCAGUACACUCAGGAGAUCCUAGAUGCGCUGGUGCUGAGAUUUGAAACUCCAGACUCCAGGAACAGAUGGGACAGCCCACUUUUCACCAUUCAGAAAGAAGACACACUUCCAUUUGAAGCCAUCUCUGAUGCCAUCUUCAAAAGGAAGGCACCCCCUCCUAACCAGUCGACACAGAGUCAACCACUGUCAUCUACAAACUUCUUGUAUGAGCUGGACAAAGUCACGCAAGAUGUGUUGAUGGCAAUUCUCAACUCCCAGAAGACAAGUGUUCCAGGGGAUCUCAUUGCUGUUCCAGGAGCUACAGAAAAGAUAGAACUGACCAGAAGUCUAAACAUGGCAGAGCUCCGGAAACUACGACGCCAGUUCAUCAGCUACACCAAGAUGCACCCGACAGAGAAUAUUGGACACAUUGCUAACAUGUUUGUACAGUAUCUAAACAAGAGUAUACAUUGAUUACUUUAUAUUUUAACGCCUUUGGUUCAGGUCAAUAAAAUUAAGGGAAUGCUUUGUAUGAUAUGUUUAGAACUUUCAUUUUAAGUAUCUUUGUGUGUCUCUUAAUGUGUUUCAGAGGCUGCAUCGAGGUUGCCCUUUUGGUAUGAAUCAAAAUGGAUCAUAUUUAGCUGUUAAUGUUUCACAAAAUUAUAUAAGACUGCAAACUUAUUACAGAGUAGUCUGGCAGGUUUUUGGGGUAAUCUGUAACAGUCGGUCUAUUAAUUAGUGCAGUAUAAAUAUUCUUUAUCCAGUUUAUUUUUGUCCUUAGGAGGCUAAUGCAAGAUGUUUCAAUUGGGGUUUUCCCCAUUGGUUUAGUAUACUAAGCAGUCUUUACACUAAGCAGAGAUUAAAGUGACACUGCAUGACUGCUCAAUUUCUUAGUUUAUAAUAUUUUAUAUUUGUCAAUACGCAUUGAUUAUUGCUUUCAUUUCUAUACUAGUAUAACAUUGUGGGUGCAAUGUGUAAUCCAUUAAAUUCAUAAUACAAAAAUACAAAACCAUA